GUUUACGUUUUGUCAAAAUGUCGGCUUCCGUGGAGUGGUAGUUUGUGCUAGGCCGCAUCACCGUUGUCUCGGUAAAAUACUGGAUUUGUGAUGCGAGGGCAGCCGGGAAACGAUGAUGAGCCGCAGGAGGCUGCAAGCCGAGAAGUCCCGGGGACAAGACGACGAAGAUCGUAAUAGACGUAAAGAAAAACGGGGCGGCCUGGACCGAGAGACCCCUAAAAAAAGCAAGUCCGAAAAGAAACUCAGUCGAAGUUUGAAGUCUGGGGCAGCAAGUCCGGACAUCCCUGUGGUGCCAGGAAAGAGUACCAUAAUAGAGGAAGCUGGAACAAACAAGAUCACACCUAAGCGAUUAUCUAAAGGCAGUCAGUGGGUAUCAAGCUUCAAUUCUCCUUCUAAUGAUGUAGAACAGCAACAAGAAAUAUUUUGGGAUCCUCAUUCACCAGCUCCACUUAGAAUAGAUAAUGGAAAUAAAAAGCGGGCUGCCGGCAAAUGCACUGUUGAUAUUUCUGAUAUUGUUAACAGAAUUGCACCCAAGGAUGAAAAGCCAACCAAUAGUGAUUCAGUUAUUCUUGGAAUGUGGAUUGGAGAAGAUGCCAUUCCAUCAACGCCAGCAAUAGUUCGAGCUAGGACAAAAUUAAAUAGGUCUAGAGUAAAACAAACUGAUGAAGAACUCAUGCAGCUGGCCAAGCAGUUUGACAGGAACUUGGUAGAAAAUCAUCUGUCAGUUUCUGAUAAUGUAACUGAAAAUGUGGAAAAUGUACAGAAUAAUGAUUUUGAGUCCUUCUUGGAUGAUAUCCCUGAAGAGGAUGCAGCACUUGAUCUGAAAUCUGCCAGCCAGAGUUCUGCUGUCAGUUCAUCAGCGCACCAUCAACUUGGUAGUCAGAAGUCAGUUGACCAAGAAGCUGAGGCAGCCCUUAAUGCACUUUUUGAUUCUUCUACACAAAAGUGUAGUGGGCGACUGAGCCCAAGCUCAGAUGUGUCUUCAAACAGUGUGCAAAAUAUAAUGAUCGCAGAUACAAUGGAAAAAACAUUGCCGUGUCAUAAAGGAUUGGUUAAUCAUCCUACACAUAGAAGCCAAAGUAAUCCAUGUGCUAAAUUAAAUUCAGAAUUUCACACACCACAAAGGGAUACAUUUAUUUUGCCAAAGGAUAUAUCUAAAAAUAAGGAACCUCCUGGAUUGUCUAAUACUAUGGCAACUGUGUCUAAUAGUCCAGAUGAUUUUGAAGAUGAGUGGGAUACAGAUAUUCUGGAGGAUGAUUCCUUUGUUAUGCAGGUUACUCAAAAUCCUGAAUUAAUUGCCACACCCAAACAAGAUAUACCCAAUACCAAACUGCAUUGCAUGGUUCCAAAUCCGUCCAUAUCUUUGAGGGAUAAUGAUAAAACAAACGCUGAAAAGCAAAGUGUUACAUCCUCAUUUCCUAGUAAACUGCAGAGCUUUAAGUUUGUAUCUCGAAAGGUAAACGAGUCUGAGAAAGAUGCUAAGUUAAACAUCAACCAUAACGGAGAAAAUCUUAAUAUUGUGCACCAAAAUGUUAAUGCAACUGUAAAUGUAAGUUCCAAAAAUGUUCCAAAACCUUUUUCUAAUACUGUUACUCAAAUAUCCCUGAAACCCCAACAACAUUUUGGUGGACAUAAUAUGGAAAAACAUAACCGUAAUCUUUCUGAAAGAACUUCUUUUAUUUUAGAAAACUCUAAACACACUAGUUCAAAUGCAGAUGUUUCCUUGCAGCCAUGCAGUUCUGUGCAAAAGAAUAAUAAGCUUAUAAAGUCAUUUGGGAAGGUUUCACCACAGAAUCCAAAUCCGGUAGAUGCAGGAAACAAAGGUUCUGUCCACCAUGAGGAAUGGGAUGAUCCUAAGUUUUCUGAUGAGAUUUUAGAUAUGUUUUGUGAUUCAGAUAGUCUUUGGGAAGCAAAUGAAGAAGAUGAUGACUUGUUAUAUCAAGUAUGUGAUGAUGUAGAAAGAUAUACUCAAACCCAAGUAGUGAACAAUGAAAAUAAGAUAGAAAAUACCCAAGGUCCUGCACUUUCAAGUUUAAAAAAUGAUGUAAAUAAAAAUGUGAGAAAAAUUAACCAAGGGUCUUCAAAUGAACAGUUUUGGCUCAACAAAAAUGGAAGUCAUAGUAUUCCUUCAACUACAACUUCUGCUGUUUCAAAUAAAUUUAAGGGAAAUGCUGUGCACUAUAAUAGGACAACAAACCAACCACUAACUGCUUCUGCAGCUGCCAUUUCACAUCAAGGUGAAAGUUCUUCAUAUACUAUUCAAAAUGACUGUUUACAAAGGGUGUCCCAAGUUCCAUUUAAGUUUAAUCGAUCCAACUCUGUGCCUGCCAGUGGGGAAUGUAAUAACAAGCCAAUGUCUAACAACUCUAAAUUACACAGUUUAUCAAAUCCACAAAGUAGUACAUUGUUUCCUAAAAACUCAGCUGCAACUUCAAAGUUUUCCUUUACAAAAAUCAAAAAUAGUCAGGUAUCAUCUUCUGGUACAAAUACUGCGAGCCAGAGUAAUUAUCAAAACAUGCAUCGCCAAGAUUUAGAUGUAAAUCAGAGAAACACAAGUAUUUCUAGUCGGCACCCAUCAAAGAGACAUCUUUCGGAGUCCAUGUUGCAGGCAACAAAAGUGUUUGUAGCUGAGGAAAAAAAUACAAGAUGUUCACUUGAAGAAAUUGAGAGGAAAAAACAAGAGGCUCUGGAAAGAAGAAAAAUGAAAGCACGUGCAUUUUCAUAUGAUACAGCACCAACAUAGCUCUCUAAAAUCAGUUUCCUCAGCCAUUUACACCUUGGAUCCUUAGGUUUAUUGUAGUUUCUCUGUGAGAAAUUGUAUGUUAAUGCAAAUACUAUUUUUCAUAGUUUCUUCAAAAUGGUGUUUACCAUUGUAAACAGUUAUUUUCUGUAAUCUUUGUACUGUAAAUUAAGAAAUUGCAUUGUUUGUAUUUAUCAUGUUUCAGGAAAACAAAAACCCAAAACAGGGUAUAACUGUUAUUUUUGUUUUUACUUGUACUAUAUUUUGCUAGUUUCACUCACUAAUAACUGUGCUCUAGAGUUUGGUUUGUAAACAUCUUUUCCACUUUUUCUAUGUACAGUAUGUCAUGUUAACUCCUUAAAAUUACUAAAUAAAUUGGGACAUAAUUUCCCAUUUACUUAAUAUUA